AUGGCGCCAGUGGGGAUAAUGAGUCGACUCAAGAGUCUGUACUCCAAGCAGGAUGAACCUGCCCUGUCAGAACAGACGGUCGCUUUUCUGUCUGUCAUCCUCACACUACUCUAUGUGGUGCCAUUCUAUCUCUCGCCAACCACGCGCCCAUCCCCAACUCUCAGUCGGGAUGCCCCGUCCGUGAUUCGCGCCCGCAUCCGUGUAGUCACAGGCUCCUGUAUUGUGGGCUCAGUCUUCGUCCUCUGGCUCAUCGUCGAGGAAGGGAAUUCCUCCCUCGGCGCCGGUACUAGACUCCUCGGUUGGUGGCCCGUCGGUGUGCUAGAGACCCUUCGGAGUCUUCUCCUAACCGCGAUUCUGUUCCUGGGCCCGCUCUUUGAGCGUGGCAUUGUUGAGGGCGAAUGGAAGUUUUGGUUCCGUCCUAGUAAGCUCUCCGAGAGUCUCGGUGGCUGGAUUGGCUGGAGGAAUUAUGUCGCGGGUCCCUUCACAGAAGAAGUCAUGUUCCGAUCCGCGAUGGUCCCGCUGCAUUUGCUAGCACACACCUCGCCGGGCCGAAUUGUGUUCCUCGCACCGCUGUAUUUCGGUAUCGCGCAUGUGCACCACUUCUAUGAGUUCCGUCUGACGCAUCCGGAUACACCAGCUCUGGCUGCGCUGCUGCGGUCGCUCUUCCAGUUCGGAUACACGACUAUCUUCGGCUGGUAUGCGACUUUCGUCUAUUUGCGGACGGGCUCGUUGCUAGCCGUUGUUCUCAUCCAUAGCUUCUGUAACUGGUCUGGAUUGCCACGAUUCUGGGGGCGUGUUGAGGCUAGUGAACCUAUCGGUCCCCCUGUGACGAGAGGAAAGGAGGAUUCUGGUGAUUGUAUCGGGGUUCGAGGUAAUGGUGGUUUGGGUGUUGGGUGGACGAUUGCUUAUUAUGUGCUUCUUGUUGCCGGGGCGCUUGGUUUUGCUCGGGGUUUGUGGCCUUUGACCGAGUCCUACCAUGCUCUAGUUUCGUUUUCGGGGAAGUCGAACUAG